AUGGAAAGUCACUCGCCCUGCUGGAAUGACUCGACGAGCGUUGCCGUAUCUGUUGUGUGGCUGAGCGGAGACACCUUGCUCAGUAUGAUCCUUGACCGCGGGGCAUCUUUGCAAAGCCUCUUCGACGGCCUUCCCUCAGACCGAGGUUGCCUCAUGCUACUUGAACCUGCUGGGCAUCUGGUCACUCCGUCAAGUCGCGUUGCCGACAUCGCUCCGCCGGUUGACAACGAACUGGUGCUCACAGUCGUCGCACAUGCAGUGCAUCGCGUGACAUCCACGCAGUGUGCCUUUGCGGUGACAACCUCAUCGGGCUCAGUGGUGUCGUGGGGUGAUGCUGAUAUGGGUGGAGAUGCCACUCCCGUUCAAGAACAGUUGAUGAGCAAUGUUUCAUGUGUCUAUGCCAAUCCCUUUGCCUUCGCUGCAGUUAAAGAUGAUGGUUCUGUGGUGACCUGGGGCCUUGCGACAGCUGGAGGUGACAGCAGCACCGUCAGGUCGCAGCUCUCCAGCGGCGUCCACAAAAUCUUCUCCACACGCAAGGCUUUUGCAGCCUUGAAGGAGGACGGCUCGGUGGUGACCUGGGGGACUGCAGAGUCUGGGGGAGGAGAGCCCCCAAGCAUGGCAGCCGUGCGAAGCAUUUCAGCGACAGAUUCUGCAUUUGCAGCCCUUACAGUGAGAUCGUCGGUGCAAGUCUGGGGUGAUCCUGCAGCCGGCGGACACCCACACGAAGAUUCGGUGGAUUUAGCCGAUGGCGUCGUGGCCGUGUUCGGGUGCAAGUGUGCAUUUGCUGCGAUAAAGCAUGAUGGUUCUGUGAUUUGUUGGGGGGAUGCCGUGGCGCGCAAAGGCUUUGAGCGCAUCAGGUGUAAGUUUGGCACGGCGCACGUGCGGCACAUCGCUUCAACCUCAAGUGCCUUUGCGGCCCUGACAGCCGCUGGAUCCGUCCUCUGCUGGGGUGAUCCUUUGAGUGGCGGUGACUCUGAAGAGGUUGACCGGCAUCUCCGAAACGAUGUGACAAAGAUUUACAGCAACGAUGUAGCUUUUGCUGCUGUUAAGCGCGGGGGUACAGUGGUUCCAUGGGGUGGGCACUAUCUCGAUCUGGACUUGCUGUCCGCUGGACAAAAUUUGGUCUGUGGGGUGGAGCAUGUUGUCGCUACACGUUUAGCAUUUGCAGGGCUCAAGUCCGAUGGUACUGUCGUGACCUGGGGCCACCGCAACAGAGGUGGUGACAGCAGCACUGUUUCCCAACAGCUUGCAGCAGGAGUUCGAAAAGUCUGUGCUGCGGAUAACGCGUUCGCAGCGGUGACCAAGUCUGGAUCUGUGGUUACAUGGGGCGUCAAGGACGAGAUUGGCAACUAUUGCUCUGCAGAAGGACUUCUGGAUAGCGAUGUUCACGAUGUACACUCGACAUGCAAUGCCUUCUUGGCCAUCAAGUAUGAUGGCUCAAUGGUCGCCUGGGGAGGUCGUAGGUUUGGCGGUUAUGUGGGAGCCGCAUGUGCGAGAUUGCAAUCGGGAAAAUGA